AAAUUAAUUAACAUGUUUUUGAAUUCUAAACAGGCAUCAAACAUCUUUAAUUUUAAUUGUUUUCAGAUUGAGGUAGGUCAGUGCUACGAUGUUCAGUGGGGCAAUUCCAGGCAGUUGGCCUAUGCAGAGAUUCUUGGGUCGGGAAGUGAGCCACAAAUGAAAAGUUUGAUGGAUCAAACACAGAAGUCACUGAAAAAGAAAGAACCCGUCAAAAAAAGCGUGAAACCCAAAGCCCAGGUUCUUCAGAAAUCAACACCUGUAUGUGAGUCAACUGAGCUUACUAUCGCUGACGAGGGUACUAUCGCUGACAAAGACGCUGAGACAUAUGAGGUGGGGUCAGUUAACGACGAAACGACAAAGACAUCCAGCGUAGACUGUCAGAAUCAGGUUAGUGAUGAUAACUCAGGAACAAAAUCAGAAACGCCGUCAAAACAACAGAUGAUUCCGUCAGAAACAGGGUCACCGUCCAUGUUGACGUUUCGUUCCACGAGAAAUCAGCCGUCAAUGACAUCAAUCCAGUAGGUUAUGCUACAAAUGAUGAAAAAGAUGGGUGACAUGGAGAGGAC